UACAUAAUUUUUACAGUGAUUAUUGUACCAUUUGCCGGUUUGGAUAUGUACGGAGCACUACACGUAAUAACGCAAAAGGAAUUCAUAAAAAUUAUGAUAAAAAUAUUAGACGGUUACUUAAAACUAGCCAGGGAACAAACCAAGAAGCACGGACAAGUUGCCAAUCAAUUAUCCGUCAUUUUCGACCUGGAAGGAUUCAACCUUAAGCAAUAUUUGUGGAAACCAGCCGGCGAGUUGGUCAUCAUGUUUAUUCAAAUGUAUGAGGCAAACUAUCCGGAAAUUUUGAAAAUAUGCUUUCUGAUCAACGCUCCAAGAGUAUUCGCUUUUGCUUUUUCUAUUGUCAAAAAGUUUAUGGAUGACUAUACAUUAUCGAAAAUACAAAUCUACAAAGCCGACCCAACAAAAUGGCAAGCAGCUCUUUUUAAAGUUAUACCCAAGGACCAACUACCUGCUUAUUAUGGUGGAACGUUAAAAGAUCCAGAUGGCAAUCCCAAAUAUACUACAAAAAUUUGCCAAGGAGGAAAAAUACCUAAAGAAUUAUACGCCAACAAUAUGGACAAGCCAAAUGAGGAUUAUACUACCGUUAUUGUUCGAAAAGGAGGAAAGUUAGAAUUUGAUAUUUCUGCACCCGAAGUGGGUUCCAUUUUAAGGUAACGAAUAUUUU